GAAUCAGGAGCGUUUAGAGCAGGAGGGCAAAAAGUGCGCAGAGGUUUUCCCUGCGCGCGUAACCGAAUCUGUGCGUAAAUCGGGUUAUUCUAAAAAAACAGCUGUUUCCCUCUUAAUGGAGCAAUGGAGAUCCACGAUCUGCCCUCAUUCAGUCCACCGUGAUUGAUCGAUCGCUUCCAGGAGGACUUCAUGUGCUUAAACAAGACUUCCCAUCUCUCCAUAUCCCAUAAGGAAUGCUGGGUUUGAUUCGGGCCCGGCUCACCUAGACUCCCCUGUAACAGCAAGAGAUGAGGAGCCGAGGGGGUUUAAGAAAGUCAGCCGGGCUGUCAGCGGUGCGCUCCUGCCUGCUGCUGCUCUUCAUCCAUAUGGGCUCUCCGGUGGAAGCGCGCAGGGUGCGCGGCGGCCGUGCGCAGCCCAGGCGGGUGCAGCUGCAGCAAGCGGAGCAGCAGCAGCGGGCGGAGGGUCCGGAGAGCUUCCCAUUAGACUUCACAGCCGUGGAGAGCAACAUGGACAACUUUAUGGUGCAGGUUAAGAAUCUGGCGCAGUCCCUGUAUCCGUGCUCUGCGCAGAAGCUCGAGCAAAACAUGAAGCUGCACCUCCUGAAUAAUGCGUCUGUGACCUGUAACGACGGGUCACCUGCGGGGUUCUACAUCAAGGAAUCCAAAGGCAGCAGGCGGUGGCUCCUGUUCCUGGAAGGUGGAUGGUACUGCUUCAACAAACAGACCUGCAACAGCAGAUAUGAGACCAUGAGGAGUCUGAUGAGCUCCACCCAGUGGCCUCAGAGCAGAAGAGGAACAGGUAUUUUGUCUCCAGAGCCAGAGGAAAACCCUCACUGGUGGAAUGCCAACAUGGUUUUUAUUCCUUACUGCUCCAGCGAUGUGUGGAGUGGAGCCACGCCAAAGACAGAGCAAAGUGAUUACGCCUUCAUGGGCUCUCUGAUCAUCAAAGAAGUGGUGAAGGACCUGCUGACUAAAGGUCUGGACAAAGCCAAGGUUCUGCUCCUGGCAGGCAGCAGCGCUGGUGGUACAGGCGUUCUGCUGAAUGUGGACCACGUGGCAGAGCAGCUGCAGUUGGGUGGCCACAGGGGAGUGCAGGUUAGGGGCCUGGCCGACUCUGGAUGGUUUUUGGACAACAAACAGUACAAAUUCACUGACUGCUUGGACACCAUCAGCUGUGCCCCCACUGAGGCCAUUAAGAGAGGCAUCAGGUACUGGGGUGGACUGGUACCAGAGAGCUGCAGACAGGCUCACGUGGGUGAGGAAUGGAACUGUUUCUUUGGAUAUAAAGUGUACCCAACAUUGAAAAGUCCAGUGUUUGUGGUGCAGUGGCUGUUUGACGAGGCACAGCUGACCGCUGAUAAUGUCCACCUGACCGGACAGCCUGUUCACGAGGGCCAGUGGAGGUACAUACAGAACCUUGGUCAGGAGCUGAGGAGCACACUCCAGGACAUACCAGCCAUGUUUGCUCCAGCUUGUCUGUCACACGAACUCAUAACCAGAACGUACUGGAUGGACGUCCAGGUGAAAGGCACCUCUUUGCCCAGAGCACUCCACUGCUGGGACCGCAGCCUGCAGAGCAACCUGCACCUCAACAGCAGCCACAGCCUUAAAAAACCCAGGACCCCUCCGCUGAGGGGAUGCCCCCUGCAUCUGAUCGACAGCUGCCCAUGGCCGCACUGCAACCCGUCCUGUCCGACCAUCAGAGAUCAGCUGACCGGACAGGAGAUGAGCGUGGUCCAGUUCCUGAAGCACAUGGGCUUUGACGUGCAGAAGAUGGCUGAGCAGCAGGGAAUGGACCCCAAAAGGCUGCUGGACAUGCUAAGUAAUGGGAGCUGAGCUGCUUCUGUUUACCGACAUGAGUCCUGUUGUAGUUUCCAGUCUUUAAAAGCAAAUGGACGACAUGAAGAGGAAAACCCUUUUAACCCUGAUGGUUCAGUAACUUAACCAUGUGAACAUUAAAUGCCUCAUAUAUUUGAAAGACUGAAUUAUAUACAACCAAACCAGAAAGUUAAAGCUGGUUAAAAGCUUUAUAUGGGAUCAACAUACGGUAGAUAUAUUAUAAGUGAGGAGGUGGCUACAGACAGUAUAACACAGGAGCAUCUCAGUAUGAUGGAAUGUAAAGUUAAUUUAUUUCAAUAAGUCAAAACUGAAAGAUUUUUCUUUUCUUUCUUAAGUUUGAUUAUUACAGUUAGUAGAUAAUAAAAAAAAAACUAAAGAUCAGUAUCUUCUAGAAUGUGAAAAAUACAUAACGUUUUUUUUUGCAUGAGCUGCUGUAUCAGUGGAGGUUUGAAUGGAGGAUAUCAGCCUAUGGUUUUGCUAAGGUGUAAUGGCCAAAUGAGUUUACUGGUACAUCGGACAUGGUGGCACCAUGGUCACUGAUCAAGCUUCUGGAAGAUUCAGCAGGUACCAAGUUCUGCUGAAAAAUGUCUGUAAAGUUUGCCAGCUGCAGUAAGAGUUCUAAAACAGGGAAGACACCUGAUUAGAGAUUAUGUGUCUCUAGUCUUCCUCCAGAGUCAAACCUUGAUUUUCUAAUUAAAUGCACAACAAACUUUCACCCCAAAGGGCUUCAGACCACUGAGAAACGGCUCAGUUAUUUUCUUCUUAUCCCUGAUAAGACACUUCUAAUACUAUAACCCAUCCCCAGGUUAAUUCUGGGUUGGGUAUAUAACUCUUGAACAGGCUUAGCUUCAUCAGAAAUACAAAGCUGCAGUUUGGUCUUCCAGUAAACUUUUCAUGAAAUCUGAAUGGAGCACUCCAGCACAUUUUUCUAGUAAUUUUGUGGCUCCUUGUGAAGUUAAGAAGUUCCGUCAUUGGUUCACCAGAAUGAUUCAAAUAGUCUAUAUUUAUGCCUCAAUAAGCAAAACGAAAACAAAUCUAUGCUUGGAAUACAGCCCUUUGUAUGAUAACUCCAUAUAGGCAAAUUUCACUUUUUUUUAUGAUAUUAAUUUUUUACAAUUGAGUGGAUGGAUAAAAGUCUCAUCUAUGGUGCUGAAUUAUCUAUUCACCACAUAUGCUGCUUUUUAAACCAAUUAUAUGGGUGUUUACUAAAAAA